AUGGUUACAGGAAAAAAUCUCUUUGUUAUGAAGAUGAACAACAAGUACAACUUCAGAAAUCAGGGAGAGAUGGGGAAUGAUCUCAUUUCACGUAUAUUCAUGAGCUUAAGUGUCAUGGAUGUCAUUCACUGCGGAAGUGUUUGCUGCUCUUGGAGGGAAGUUUCUUCCAAUACCAGACUUUGGAAGACUAUAGACUUAACUAAGGUGGACUCAGAAAUAUUUCUUCAAUCUAGGUCAGGCCAUAUUGCUAUGGGAAUUUUGAAUGCUGUUUUCAGUCGUGGUAAAGAUGUUACUUGCCUGGUUUUUAACUACUACUUUUACAUGAGGAAUAGUUAUUUGAUCCAUGUUUCUCAAAGAAUACUGAAUCUAAAAAGACUAGUUCUACCGGUGAUUGGUAAGCACUGUAAUAAAUUCGCGGAGAUGAAAUUGAUGUGUGAUUUUUAUGAGGAGUACGCAGAGGCAGUUGCUGCCUACAUACCAAACUUAAAGGUCUUGAGCCUUAGGUGCGCUGAAGUGUCCAGGGGAGCUGUGCUUCACAUACUGAAUGAAAUGAAUCAUUUGCAAGUGCUCAAUUUAUCUCACUCCUACAUUGUGGACCACGCUCCAACACCAAACCGCUGCAUAGUAGUACUCCGUGAACUUGAUCAGAUGGUCAUUGAAGCAGCAUCAUGGCUGAAGAAAUUUCUUUUCAGUCGUAGCAGACUCUACUGCAACAUUUGCAGGCUUCAGUUAAGUAUGAAUGGAGUGCUGAUGCGGUGCAGAUAUGAAGAACGAGUUUGGAGAAUGGAUGAGGUGAGCUCACUUGCUCAUUGA